GCUCAGCAUUACUCAUCCUCCAGAAGAGAAGCCAGCUGGAGCGGCAGCAGGAGUAGUGACAGGACCAUGAGUGGGAAAGCCAUGGCUGUGGCCUUGGUCACAAUACUCUGGGCUGUGACUGUUCAAGGCUUCCCCAUGUUCAAAGGAGGACGCUGUCUUUGCCAAGGCCCUGGAGUAAAUGCAGUGAAAGUGACAGAAAUUGAGAAAGCCUCAGUAAUGUACCGAACUAAUAGCUGUGACAGAGUUGAAGUGAUUAUCACCCUGAAAGCACAAAAGGGACAAAGAUGCCUGAAUCCCAGAUCAAAGCAAGCACAGCUUAUUAUAAAGAAAAUUGAAAGAAAGAAAUUUUUAAAACACUACAACAUAUGAAGCCCUGGAAAAGAAAAUAUGACCACUAACAAGUUUAACUGUGACUACUGAAAUAAGAAUUCUGCAAUUGAAAAUUUUCUCCUGACUGUUGGAAUACACAUCCAUGUACUUCUAGGUCAAGAACCUUCUAGGAGACUUAAUUAACUAUUCUGCUAUAAUUAUGAAAAGAUUUAUCUCUAAAAGUCAUGUGUCUGUACUAUGUUCUGUGGUUAGAAUGAAGACAGUAAAAUUUUUACUUGAACCUAGCCCUUUUGAAACAAAAGCAUCUAUAUAUGUAGUAAAACAUUCUCAAAUAAUUGUUCAUGCAAAUUGACAUUCCUUUCCCAAAAUAUUAUGUAGCAUAUAGAUAUAUAUAGAAAAGUUCUUAUCAUCAUCUUGUUUGCUUUGUAAAAGACUAAUUCAUGAAGUGUUCUGUGGAAAAUGUAUAAGCUAUGUGAACUGUGUCAGAACAAGUGUUUAAUCAUUGAAUUUAUAGCACUGGUCUUUUCUCCCUCCAUCUUUUUCCACUGAAAUGUUUUGUUUGUGUUUCCUAUACAUUUUGAUUUCAUUUGUUCUCAUCAGUGACAGUAGUAUCUUAAGUAGUUAUAAGAUCUGAAUCUAACCUUUGUCUUCACAGUGAUGACUGGUUGGUUACUUGGUGACAAGGUCUCAUUAUAUAGCCCAAGCUGUCCUACAACUCACUGUGUAGCCUACACUGGCCUUGAACUUGCAGUGAUCCUCCUGCCCCAGCAUCCUGAGUGCUGGGGUUAUUGGAAUGAGCCACCACUCCCAGCUCAAAUCUUUAUAAUGCUUUUUUUGUUAACUGUAUCUCUGUUCAAAUUCCAUAAUAUUUCUGCAAAUGGUAUAUUCCUUUAUUUCAAUUAAAUUUACAUGAAAAGCAAGUUUUCUCUAAUGUACAUGAGAAAUCAGUGUUACAUGUCAUUGAAAAAUAUAAAAAAAAUAUCAUUUUAAAAAUGCUGAUGUCUCAGUUGAAAGAGUGCUUGCCUAGCAUGCACUCUGAGCUCAUCAUGCCAUUUACAUUGAACAACUUCUUGGAAACCCUCGUACAGUGAAUGCAGAUACAGUUGCUUUGUGUCACACAAAGUUGCUAAAAAAGUGGAAAUGUGCUGAGGUGAAUUAUGGAAUUCUAGUUUUCCAUACAUCACAAUUUAGCUCUUCUUUAAAUUUUUCACAAUGAAAAAAACAAAUUGUCAAGCUGAAUGAUAAUAACACAAACUAUUAAACAGUAUCUGCUCCUUA